CACGUCAGUGUCACAAGGUUUUGAAGAAGUCUCCGUAGACCGUGAGAGAAGAAACGGAGACAUUCAAACUUUUAUAUACACAUACAUUUUUUUGUAUCUCUCUCUCUCUCUCUCUCUCUCUCUCUCUCUCUCUCUCUCUCUCUCUCUCUCUCAAAUCUUCUCUUUUUUUUUUGUCUCUCUGUUUCAGACGUAGCCAUUGAAGCCUUUCUUCAUUUCUAUCUGUAGAUCAAGAAAUAUGGCAAACCGUCCACACGUUCCAAAGUUCGGGGACUGGAACAACCAAGAUCAACCAUUCACGGUCGUCUUCGACAACGCGAGGACGAACAAGCGAGCAGACUUGUACGAAUCUCUAGAGAACCCAGAGACCAGAACUCCAGCAAAAGCUCCUCCCCAACCUGCUCCUAGAAAUCCAAGGGCUGAACCACCAAAACCGGUUAGGGACGAGCCGCCUAGAGCGCUUCCACCAACCGAGAGAAACAAAGUCAAGGCUCCUCCAGCAGAUCAACUCUACGGAGCCGGAGGUAGAGCCGGAGGGAGAGACGGUGGAGGCGGACUAUACGGAGGUUAUGGAGGUGGAGGCGGAUCAGGAAACCAGCGGCAGCCGCAAGCUCCUCCUCGUCCCGUACAGCCUAAACCCAAUCUUAGAGGCGGCAGCAACGGAAGGGGAGGGACGACGAUUCCGCCAUUUCCAGGAUCAAUGGGCUCAGGGGAUCAGAACAUGAGCUACACACACAUUUUCGACCAAGUCAAGGAAGAGAGGCGAGGAUCCUACGGUGGAACGGCCGGCAACACUCCAUCUCGCCCAAUCAACGGUCAACAUGACUCUCCCGCCCCAAGCUCCUCCAAGGUACAGUAG